AUGGACGGAGUGCUGGCUGCCGGACUCAAACAUCUCGUCAAGUCAGUGACAGGACAACCAUUCUACACCGAUGAGGAGCUCGCUCGAUUGCCUCAUAUCGCGAAUAUCGGCAAACUUUCGGUCGAUGAUAUCUUUCGAAUGGCUCAAGGGAGUUUUGGCGAAACACCAAAAACACGCCAAACCAAUCAAAAUAAACCCAAUUCGAUCGAAUCGCAUCCGACGUACAUUCUUAUCUCGAACUUCGAAUUCGAUGAGAAAUUCAAUUUUGAUUUCAGACACAUGAAGGAUCGUGGUCAACAGAACAGAGGCGGACUAGAUUAUAUUCGUCCAUACGGAUCGUUCAGAUAUGCGAUCAAGGUCCUCGGGAAAUACAACGACGACGCUUGGCUGAGAAGCGACGGCUCGUUGGGCGAAUGGCCAGUCGCCUAUUAUGGGUCCCGCGAGGAAUACCAUGCUGGUGGAAUGCGAUGCACUCCGGAUCCAUACAAGGCCCUCGAUUACGCGCACGAAUUCAACACAGAAAAUGGCAACUAUUGCAAAUUGAUCUUCCAAGUUCGAGUCGAUCCGAAAAAAAUCAUCGUCAUCAAUAAAGGGACCGAUGGCGAGUAUUGGAUAGUACCAAGAGGCGAUUCCAUUCGACCAUACGGCAUCUGCAUUUUCAAAAAUUAUCAUCCAACUCCAUCGAAUGGCUCUUCGGCAGCCAAAGUUUUUAAAACAAUGCUUAAAGAAUAA